AUGUAUUUUGUAGGCCUAGAUAAUAGAAUAACAAUAGAUGAUAAAGUUUUCAGUACCUCACCCCAAAAGAAAUAUCAGGAGGUAAGAAAACUUUUAAAACCAAAUCCACCAGAACACACACUUUUGGAACAUAUUAGUAGCAGAUUAGGUGCUAAAACAAAAGGUAAACAUUGGGAAUAUGACUGGAAAGGUCCCAAUGCACAAUGCUGGUGUGGUAAUAAACUAUAUAUGUUUACCGAAAGUGGCAUAACACUACAUAUUCCUUCAGAAAAA